UGUCAAACAGCCGUCAUCUGUCAGUUCAUAUUAAAAUGGUGGAGUGAGGAAUAUGUUGUGAAAUUCCACGGAAUUUGUUUAUUUACUUUUAUUAGUAUAAAUAUUUAUAGUACAGUAUGGAUAUACUCCCAGAGGGUAUGAACGCUUCUUUUAAGAAGGGGCCUGGCCUCUAUGAGUUUUUGGUUGAGGCAGAACUCCAACAAUACUUUAAUAGUUUUAAGAACACUCUUAAAAUAACACACCCAUCUCAAUUAAAAUUUACAACUGAAAGUGACUUGGUGGAAAUUGGAUUAUCGAAGCCGGAAAUGAGGAGACUGAGGAAAUAUUACGAGAAACAUUUCCCGCAUAAUUAUUUGUCUAAGUUUAAAAAAUUGUUGACUCACAGAAAACAGGAUAACUCAGGCCCAGAGGUUUACCUUCUGGCUAACAGCGAUUCAACAACAAUGACCCGAUCUCCAAGAGUUUCAAGCAAACAUAUUAUACCAGCUGCCAGUAUAACUAUUAAUAAAGAGCUGGGCAUGGGGGAGUUUGGGAUUGUGCAACAGGGGGUUUGGUGUAAUGAAGGUGAAAGAAUUCAGGUUGCAAUAAAAUGCUUGUCAAGAGACAGAAUGCAAAGCAACAUGGUGGAAUUCCUCAAAGAGGCCUCAAUAAUGCACAAUAUUGAUCACCCCAACAUAGUGAGAUUUUUUGGGGUGGUUCUUCCAAACAUAGAGGGAAGCCUAAUGUUGGUGACCGAAUUGGCACCUCUAAGAUCCCUUUUGGAAUGCCUUAAGGAACCCUCUUUGAGGGCGAGUUUUCCCGUUCUGACUCUGUGUGAUUUUGCGUAUCAAAUUUGUGAUGGAAUGCAAUACUUAGAAGCCAACAGACUUAUCCAUAGGGAUCUGGCUGCAAGGAACAUCCUUGUUUUUUCCAAAAACAAGGUAAAAAUAUCGGACUUUGGCCUGAGCAGGGCUCUCGGCCAAGGCAAAGAUUACUACCAGACCAACUUCAAUGUCAAUUUAAAGUUACCAAUAGCAUGGUGUGCACCCGAAUGCAUCAGCUAUUUGAGAUUUACCACUGCAAGCGACGUGUGGGCGUUUGGCGUAACGCUAUGGGAGAUGUUUUCAUACGGGUUCCAGCCCUGGGCUGCCCUCACAGGUCAGCAAAUCUUGGAGGCCAUAGACGAGCCUCAGUUUCAAAGGUUGGAGCAGCCGGACUGUUGUCCGCUGGACCACUACAACUUGAUGUUGGACUGUUGGAGGCACGAGGCCGCUUCGAGGCCCCGCUUCUCCGACAUCGGGCCGAUUUUGGCCGAGUGCAGGCCCGAGCAGGUGCAAACCAAGAUGGCGUCGUCCGAAGGGCCGCACAUGCUGACUUGCAGGGUCGGCGAUGUCAUCACGGUGUUGGACAAAAAAACUCAUCACCCUCUGUGGAAAGGCGCCACGGCCAGCGGAAAAACGGGUCUAUUCGACCCCAGCACGGUCGUCGCGUAUCUCGGUACCGAUCUACCUUGCUCGUCGUUCCUGAGAGCCGACAGCACCCGAAGCUCGUACCGUCGCAAGUUGCGAAGCGAGAUGAUCAGCGCGCCCCAGGGCGACUUGAAGCACACAGGUCACGUCGGCCUGGACGGCGCCUAUUUCGGCGACCUCAGCUUUUUGGGAGGGACCAAGGGAAAUUAUGGCAGCGUUCCGACGCAAGUGGUGCCCCCCUACCGGCCCCACAAGGACCUGGAAGCCGCCCCCCUGCUGGAGGGGGACCACGUGCACGUGCCCGCGCCUGCGCCCCUCCAAGACCACGAGUACCACGAGAUCAGCGACGAGGAGACCAAUCACAGCCCGCCGCUGGAUCUGGGGCCGUCUUUGAUGGCCGAGAUGGAGAUGAUGUUUAACUCGUUGGGCACGCAAAAUCACCACGGCAACGAUCACGAGGGUUCCAAUCGCAGCAACGAACUUAGAGAAAAACUGAGCAGCAAGUCGCGCAAACAGGCAACGGUGAAACCUAUAUCCGCGCACGAUCAAAAGACGUUGGACGCGGCCAUCCAGCUGGCCAAUGAGCUGACGACGAAAUCGAUGUCGUCGCCUGCUCCGACCACUCCGGCCUCGCCGAACAAGAAAAAGUUCAGCUUCAAGUUCCCGUCGGUCCACGAACACGACAAGAACAACACCGUGGAGCGGAGGAAUUUUGCCGAGGAGGCGCUGUCCGCUUCGGAUUUGCAGUCCAAGGUAACUCAGGAAGCACAAAUGGCAUAUCAAGGUCUUGUUGAGAGCCCGUCAGCCGAGGUUACUCAAUUGAUGGCAACGAAUCCCUUAAGAAUCUUGAGAACAGGGCAAGUGCCUGUACUAAGAAAUAGAUCUGCAAGUGUGGCCAGUAUGCCUCCAAUCAAACAGCAGGAUGUACCCAGAAACUCCGUUCCUGAGAAUCUAAAUGGAGCUAAAUUAGAUUUCGCGAGCGAAUCUCUCCCGCGCCGGCUGACGCAGCAGCGCCCGCCCCCUUUCGAGAGGUCCCGCGAAGACAACCCCAUCCCGCUGCCGCCGAGAGACCGCAACAAGAGCCUGCUCACGCCGAAGCCGCGCCACACGCGCAAGCACCCGCUGAUAAUCCCGCCCACGAGCCUGCAGAGGACGCUCGACAAGGUGAACACCGUCUCUCCGCCGGCCGGCGCGACGGCCGAGCCGCUCUACUCGAACCACUCGGUCGGCCCGAGCGACGACGACAAGAACCCCGAGGCGAUGCGCUUCGAGGCGCAGAUCGAGUCGAGCCUGGACGCGCUGGACGAGAUCCCGCAGGAGCGGGACGUGGUGGACGGCGCCGCGGACGGCGGCGAGGACCAGUUGACGCACCACGUGAGCUGCGAGGAUUUGCUCAAGUUCGCCAACGCGAAGCCCAGCUCGAGGACCAGGGGCAACGAUUCCGACGAGGUCAGGAUCAUGUCGAAAGUGUUGGGAAAAGAUGUUACAACAGAAAAAUGCUUGGAAGCCCUGGACCAGAUCGAUUGGGACGUGAUGAAGGCAAUCAAAAUCGUCAAAGUUCAAAAUGUGGUCGUAAGUGCGGACCUAAGCACUUGCCUGAGUGCAUUGGAGAAAAACACUUGGGAUAUAACCAAAGCUGCUCAAUGGAUAUUGCAACAAGAUGAAGUCACUCAAGUCUAAUUAUACACUUUGUAUUGUAUUUUACACUCUUUUUAUAUUGUUUGUUGAAAAUUCGAAUUAAGUUGAGAAAUUUAUCAAAUUUAUUUAUUAAUCUUGCCAAUUAUAUUUAUACCAGUUUUAUGUUAAUCAAACAUAUUUAUGUGAAUAAAAAUUUUAUAUAACGACCAUUGUGUAAUUAUUUAUAUAAAUAAUAAACAGAUAAGUACAUAAUUAGUAUAUUAUUCACAGAAAACAACAUAAACAAUACAUUCUAUAAAAAAAUAAACAAAAUAAAAUUGAUAGAAUAAAGUAUAUAUGUACAUAAAUGAAUUAAAUUAAAAAGUCUUGUUAAGAGAAAGGAAGUAAGUAUUUACACAUAUUCCUAGUUAAUCCUAUAUCCCAUAAUGAAGGGAAUUCCAGUCGAUACUUUUUUCUGAUAAUCACAGUAAUGUUGUCCAUAGAAAUUCAACAAAGUAAUCUCCUCCAUGAUGAUUCUCCCAUUGAAAAACAUCCAACUUGCAGCUGCAUAAGCCAAUAUGCAAAAGGGGUUUAUCAGAACAAUCU